AUGUCGACCUUCCCUCCCCCACCCCCCGCCGCCGCUAGGAGCCCCCUCACCAGGGUGCGCCUCGACGACCUGGCCCCGUUCGACGGCGCCUCCACUCCGGCCUACGCGCGCGCAGUCCACGCCGUCGCCGCUUCCCUCACGCGCCACGGCGCCGCCGCCGUCGAGCUCCCUGCAGCGGACGCCGCUGUCGUCCGCUGCGCCCUCGAGUCCGCCCGUGGCUUCUUCCGCGUCCGCCCCGGCCUCUAUGUCUACCGCGCCGGGAGGGCUCUGGAUGAUGGAGAGUUGUCACCUGCUUGCAUGGCUGAUGCUUUCAGAUGUUUGGGUAAGGCUGCCCGUGCUGCUCUCUGUGCAAUAGCACGGAACCUUCGUUUACGUUCAGAUGCUUUCAGCCAUUUGCUUGAUGACAACCCAUUGCCUCUUGAUGAGGUUUCAGCUUCAGAAUUGAUGGUGUCAUUUUCUCAUGGACACCCCCAAAGCAGCCAAGCACCUAUGGUGGGCCUCAGGUCAUCAAUGGCUGAAGUUGAUAGAGGUUUUGUUACACUGGUUGCUUCUGACCAUCCAGGAAUUGAGGUUUGCAACCCAAAUGGUCAUUGGUACCCAGCAGAUGCAGGCUCAAGCCCUGAUGUCCUAUUGCUUUUGACUGGAAGAGCCUUGAGUCAUGUUACUGCUGGUCUACAGCUAAAUUCUCAGUACAGGAUCACUAAUAAUGGAAACAGGGCAUCACUCAUGUUUAGGCUGAUGCCUCGUGCCAAUGCUAUAUUGGACUGCUCUCCAAUUUCAGCUGCUGGGCAUUGCAUACCGCAGAUCCACCGACCCAUAUCUGCAAGCCAGUUUAUGGAUGAUUUGCGUGCUGAAGAGAAUGUUUACCAUCACUUGGAAGCACCACCUGAAUCACAGGGAAACUUUGUUAAUGAACCAUCGCUCAGAAGUGUACUAUCAGACCCUUUGUCUGGGGCUUUUCUUGAAGAUGCUAUGGUUCUCUCAUGUGGGCACUCGUUUGGUGGCCUCAUGCUGAAGAAAGUUCUUGAAAUGGCAAGGUGCAGCAUUUGCAACGGAGAAGUUGAUGAGGCCUCCUUGUUUCCUAACCUUGCUCUAAGAGCGGUAGCUACAGUGGUGAAGAUGGAAGACGAUAGGAGGCUCUUUCAUAACGCUGCUCUUCGAAAGCGCCGGAAAGAAGUGACUGAGCAUAUGGACGCCCAAAGGCGAAAUGGAAGUAGCAAGGACAGUAUUGAGCUGGGGUUAGAUGCUGAAAGCCCUAGAGCGUUCAAGGGGGUGCAGUACCCGUUUGUGGCGGGUGAGAGAGUCGUGAUCAUGGGAAAUAAAAGGACGCCUGAUAAAUUCGUUGGGAAGGAGGCGGUGGUGACAUCACAGUGCCUGAAUGGCUGGUACCUUGUGAAGGCAGUUGAUAGCGGAGAAAGCAUACGGCUGCAGUACAGGUCGCUGAGGAAAGCGGGGGAGCUAAAGGUGCAAGCACUCCUGCAGAGUAGACAAUGA